AUUGCUUGCAAGUUGGCUGCCAUGGUGCCCAACAGAGUUUUAUCUUUAGGGUUGCUCAAUGUGACUGGUGGAGGUUAUGAAUGUUUCCCAAAGGUAUUGCAUCCAUUUCAGUAUGCGAUGGUCCUUCCUUUGAAUAGAGAUUGACAUUUUUCUCCAUGCAAACUAAAAGGGGAAAGAAUGUUCUUCCCGGUUUCUUUUAUCACUAAAAGAACUAUUUGUUUGUGUGGGUGUUCGCUGUUCAGUACUUUACAGACAGGUUGUUCAUUCAUCACAUUUUCACGAGGACCAACCAAGAUAUAUAGGUGAUUCGAAAGAAGCAGUUAUCACUGUAAAGAAGUAUUAGUUCCUGAUUUAGUGGAAUGGUUUGAGUGUCGUUCUCUCAACUCUAAAUUUCCUCCGACAGUUACAAAUGCUUGUUGCAAACAGUGUAAUUCUACUUCAGAGAUGAUUAAGAUUUCUCUAUUAUAUUCGAUUGAAAUCAGUGUCAUUUGGCAAAAUGUUGGCGAUUUUGCUGUAUGUUUACCUUGUUGUAUGCAGGCAUGACGUUGUUGCUCAAAUAUGCCAUGCAAGGAGUCUGGUAGAGAAAUUAAAGCCUGUUGCUAGAAUGAUAGAGCUUGAUGGAGGGCACCUAGUGAGUCAUGAGAGGACUAAAGAGGUUAAUCAAGCUCUUCUCGAGCUGAUCAAGGUAUCAGAAAUGAAGGUUGUCCAGCAUUAUUGGACUGACUUGCCUAACAAUAGCCCUGGUGAGUAUUUCCAUACUCAGAAUGAUAUGCCGGUCUCAUUUAUUCAUUCUCUGAAGCAUUUGUGCACGUUAGAGAAUCCCGAGAUCGACCUUGUCUUCAAACUUUUUGAUGAAAGGAUGACUCUAAAAUGACGAAAGAAUUCAUUGUCUUAAUGACGCCUUAUGCAAACUGUGCUAAAUAUAAUUGGGAAUGCGGUGAAGUUCACAAAGCAAGGCUACGUAUCAGUUGUAGCUUCCAUUGCAAAACCAGAGUCAUUAGCGGAGUGGCAACCACCCGAUUUCCAUCCAGUCUUUAGCAAUGCCCACUUCUACCUGAGAGUGCAGGUUAAGGACUCUGGCUGUGGCAUACAGCCACAAGAUAUUUCUCAAAUAUUUACCAGAUUUAUUCAUCCUCGAAGUGGAUCUAAUCGAGGUAGUGGCGGUGUAGGACUUGGACUUGCCAUUUGCAAAAGAUUUAUAAAUCUCAUGGGAGGUCACAUAUCCAUCGAGAGUGAACGCCACGACAAGGGCACCGACGACACUUUUAUUGGCAAACUACAGAAAUGCAGCAAUGCAAAUGACUCGGCAGCACACAAGAUCACACAUAGAGCUCAGUCUAGUCAUGGUUUGUGCCAAUUUUGCUCGGCACAAACCUCACAGAGAUACUGACAGAACGGUCCCCUCUAACUCCCAGUAUCAAAGAAGUUUUUGAAGUCUCGAAUGCAAGUUGGCAUAUCCCAACGAGGUCUUCCCAAGAUAUCGUUCAGGUGAAAAAUGGGUACUAACUGCGUAAUCUCUCUUCAUCUUGGAGGCAUGCACAUCUUAUACUUGAGUGAUACUUCAAAGCAUCAACUUUAUGUCUUGAUUAGAGAGGUCUCGAGGUUGCGAGUAAGA